AGUUAAGAGCAAGCGGACAUGAUUCUAUUAUAGAUGUUGUACUAACCAUUCAAUCUCACUAAAGCCCUAUUACUGCUGUCAGAUUGAAGAUGCAAAAAACCCAUCUGAAGAGUUGACUCGUAGAGUCUCAAGCCAAGAACCCAAGCUGUGCAAGGAUGCAGAAGCAAACAACAAGGAGAAUACAAAGCUAAAAAUGAGACUCAGAGACGCAAGCACGCUUAGAUGCAAUCUGUCUAAGGCACAAGCACUCUGUGAAAGAAUCAGAACUCAUGAACAGGAAGUUCGAGGAAGCAUCUACAAAGCUGAAGGAGAAAUUAGCAUCAAAAGCACUCGAAGUCCUCGACCUCAAGAAGCAGCUCUCUGCCUCUUCAAGAACAGGAGAAGAAGCAAGUUAAACGGCAUAACCUUUAACGGCUAAUAAAUAUUUCAAUGCUGUAAACUUUUGAACUGGUUCUUUUGAUGUGAUUAUGGCAAAGAGUCCAAUACAUAAUAAGCAGUAUGAUAGGUAGAUUAACAAAUUAUAUCGAGAGGUCAUGCAGAGG